AUGUCGUAUAGCCAGAGUACACUCUCUGUUGAGGAGUCAACCUGUGAGGAGCAUUUUGAUCGGACAACGAUCAGAGACGAGACGGGGAGAUUCAUCGUUACGCUGCCAAAGAAAAACAUGAUACUUGGCCAGUUGGGCCAUUCAGAAACCACUGCGAUUAAACGACUGAUAGGCAUGGAACGUCGUUUCUGCGGAAAUCCAGAGCUAAAGAAGAUGUAUACCGAGUUUAUCCAAGAGUAUCUUGAGCUUGGACAUAUGAAGGAAGCUGUGGAGGAAGAAAAAGACGCUGUCACAAGAUAUUACCUUCCGCAUCAUGCUGUUUUCAAACCAGAAAGCACAACCACGAAGCUACGUGUAGUCUUCGAUGCUUCUUGUCCAACUUCAACAGGAAUUUCAUUGAAUGAUGCUCUUCUGGUGGGUCCUGUCUUGCAGGAUGAUCUGACUAGUAUUACUCUUCGCUUUCGCACCCAUCGUAUUGCUGUGAAUGCUGAUAUCGCCAAGAUGUACAGAAUGAUCGGAGUUCAAAGAGAAGAUCAUCCAUUGCAGAGUAUUAAAUGGCGAAACGAUAUUUCUGAACCAAUUCGUACGUUUGAGCUGUCAACUGUUACUUACGGAACAUCAUCAGCUCCGUACUUAGCCACUAAAUGCUUGCAACGCCUUGCAGAUGAUGGGGAAUCCACACACCCAAUAGCAUCCAGAGUGAUCAGGAAAGACUUUUAUGUCGACGACAUGCUUUCCGGCGUAGAUACGUUAGCAUUAGGUCAGAGGAUGGUUCGUGAUAUCAUUGAACUUUCUGAAUCAGCAGGAUUCUUGCUUCGAAAGUGGAACUCUAACAGUAAAGAACUUCUUGAAGUCGUACCGAAAAACUUGAGAGACGAUCGCUCGGUGCUGGAGUUAAAAGGGUCCGAAACAACCGUCAAAACUUUAGGAUUAGCAUGGGAGCCCAGCUCAGAUGUCUUUCGUUUCACAUAUCCGUCAUUCAAUUGGGCAACGUCAAUCACGAAGCGCGUGGUUGUCUCGGAUGUGUCUCGUCUCUUCGACCCACUUGGUCUAGUUGGUCCUGUCAUCAUUCAAGCCAAGAUUUUUAUUCAGGAUCUGUGGAAGGAUAACAGCGACUGGGAUGAACCACUCAACCCUGAGCAUCAAGCACAAUGGCAGGAGUUUCGGAGAAAUCUUACAGGACUAGAAAACCUUACAGUUCCUCGGUGGGUGGGAACCGGUGGUAAUACCAAGACGGAGCUCCAUGGAUUCUGCGAUGCUUCAAACAAAGCAUAUGGAGCCUGCUUCUACAUUCGAACGAUCUCCGAAACGGGGGAGGUGUGUGUGAGGUUAUUGACAGCGAAGUCACGUGUUGCUCCUCUGGACAAUCCGAAAAAAGGAAACAAGCGACUUUCCACUCGAGACUAG